UUGCUGUCAGGUAAUUCUGACUGAACGAGAGGUGCAUGGUUUAUGAAGGCAGUCUGUGUGUCGUUGCCUUCAAUUGAGUUCUUUUCACCGGUGACUUUAAAACUAUUAUGAUGUGAUUUAAAAGAAUACAUCAAGGUGUAUUGACGGGUUUGACUAAGGUUAUGGUAUAUUUAAGCCGAGAACAAAAUUUGUAUUGAGUAAUUGGGUAAAAGUAUCGGUGAUUGACGAAGAAAACUAUGGCGACCGUACAACAACUAGACAAUGCGUCCAUUGAUCGGGGCCAAAAAAGACUUAAUUCACUUUUUUUACCACCAGGAAUUAAUUUACAGAAAUGCAAAAGAUGUGGUGAAACUGUUUAUCAUAAUGAACGAAUGGGCCCCGUUCAUGAUGCUGUUUUCCAUAAAACAUGCUUUAAAUGUUGCCUCUGUGGAACCACCUUAAACCUGAAAAAUUAUUAUUCCAAUCAGAUAGAUCCAAAUGAUAGUGAAAUUUAUUGUGUAAAGCAUGUGCCUAGAAUUGGAGGUGCCAAAAUAGAUUCUCAAUCAAUGGCCAUGCAGCAUAUGUUGAAUAAAUCCCCUGGUGGUCUGAAUAGACCGACAGCAGAAGUGAGGGUACAUGGAACCGCGCCCACUAUGGAUACGGAUGCCUUUGGAAUAAGUCGUGCCAUGGCAGCAUCAAGAUUGGGAGGGAAUAUUAAAACGGAUAAAAAAAAUGACCAUCUGUCGAGUGUUGGAGCUGAUGCUCUAUAUAUCAGACAACAAAUUGAUGCUCAAGCCUUACAGAGGAGAUAUCAGAGAAAACUGGAUAAACAUCACUUUCCUCCACACAUUGCGAAGAAACGAGAUCAGCUGUUAAAUGCUCAAAAAGAAUUAGAAAGUCAGCUGAAGAAAGAAGAAGAUGAAUUGUUCGAGAAAAUGACAAGAGAAAGAAAUGAGAAUAGUAAAGAAAUAUCGGAAGAAAUCAACAGAGAAUGGGAACAACGAUUAAAAGAACUUACUGAGAAAUUUGAAAGAGAGACAGAUAAAAAGAAGAAGAAAUUAAAAGAUAGUGACAGAAAGUUGAUGACUAUUCAAUUUGAAAAUGAGAAAAAAUCUCUAGAGAAUACCAUGACAAUGAAACGAGAUAAGAAAAAGAAAACAAUGACAUUAAGGUUACGUGAAAAAGGUCAAAGGGCAACAUCUGAAAUGGUGAAGAAACAGAGUACACAGAUGUUAAAAUUACUGGCAACCAAACAGGAAGAAUUAAAACAAGAAAUUGUAAAGGAAUUAGAAAAAGAAACAGAAUUAGCUCAAAAAGAUCCAGUUUUUUAUGCUACACUGGGAAAGAAAAAUGGAUUAGAUAUCGUGGGUGGAUUAAAAGAUGGCGACCCUAUAGAAGCUUUACAGGAUGCUAUAGAAGUCCUACAGAAACCUGCCGUUAUAGAACCUCCAGCACCACACCCACCGUCAUGUCGUAAAAAGGAUCUGUAUGAUAAUAUAAGUAUCUUUGAUGAUAUUGAUGAACAAGUGAUAAGGGUUGCAGAAACAGAACAAGAAACUCAUACAGAAUUAACUCAACAACUUACAGAGAAUCUAAUAACAGAUCUAGAAAAAGCUAGAGCUAUUUAUCGUUGGAUUACUGUAAAAGAUUUAAAUGUAAUGGAGUUUGAUGAAUCUCUAGUAACUGAUACUCCUAUGGGACUAUUACGUGGUAUUAAAUAUGGAACUGAGACAUAUCAUGUUUUAUUUAUGAGACUCUGCAGUUAUGCUGGUUUACACUGUGUUGAGAUUAAAGGGCAUUCUAAAAGUGUGGGCUAUGAACCUGGUAUGAAAAUAACACCAGAGACAUUUCAGAACACAUGGAAUUGUGUUUUAAUUGAUGGUGAUUGGCGACUCAUACAGUGUAACUGGGGAGCUAGACAUUUGGUGAUGAAUAAAGAUAAAGAGCGAGAUAAGGUCAAGAGACGAGAUCAGAUACGAUAUCAAUACGAUGAACAUUACUUCCUCACAGAUCCAGAUGAAUUCAUCCAAGAAUUCUGGCCACAUGAUGCUAAAUGGCAACUACUUGAUUGUCCUCUUACCCUCGAUGAUUUUGAAGCUUUACCGUUUGUGCGAUCUGUAUUCUUCCAUUACGGAAUGCAGUUUGAUCAACACAAGUCUGCUGUACUGGAAACCGGUGAAAAGGGAGGAAUUAAGAUAUCUCUUAGAAUUCCAGAACAUUAUGAAAAUGAUCUGGUGUUUUUCUACCAGUUACGUUUUGCUGAUAAAGAACGUAGAAAUGACUUAACAUAUCGUGGUGCUAAUUUAGAAAGAUUUGUUUUUCAAGCUAUGGUGGAUAAUCAAGUAACGUUUAGUAUUCAUGUUCCUACUGUUGCUGAGUAUUUCUUUGAAGUUUUCGCAAACAAAAUCGAUGAAACAAAUCGCUGUAUUGAAGAUAAUAAUUCCAACCUGGCGCCAUUCCGAUUGAAAUGUGCCUGUAAAUUUAAAGUGACUUGUAGUAGUUUAGUAGGUAAAAUGCAUGCUUUACCUAAUUGUGCUGCUGGAGAAUGGGGACCAAAGAAAGCCUUCCGUCAUUUUGGCCUCAUACCCAUUCUUCCCACAAGUCCAAAUGGAGUUGAGAAACCAGAACAUUUAGAGAUAAUCAAGGCAGGCAUGCUGACAGUGGAAGAUAAGUUUGUGAUUCGAUUCCAGAUUCCAAGACCAUUGCAAUUUGUUGCCAAACUGCGAAUGAAUCAAGUAGAAGAUUAUGUUCUGGAACCUUUCAUCCAUCUUAUAGCAGAAGGUCAAGUACUAACCGUGUCUGCUUCUUUACCUCAACCUGGUCAGUAUGGUAUAGAUCUUUACGCCAGGCCAAAGGGAGCCACGGAAGGAAGUACUCUAUCCCAUGCUUGUAAAUAUUUGAUUAACUGCAUCAAGGUCUCAUCACCUAUGGAUAUACCAAAAAUUAGCCCAAAUUUAUCCAACCGUAGCAAAUGGGGACCAACAGCUCACUUUGAAGAUCUUGGCAUGAAAUUGUUGUCUCAUAAAGAGGCUAAGAUGAGAAUAACGGACACUACGAAAAUUUGCAUCGAGAUAUACGUACCCGAGCAUGUUUAUCUGUCAUACCAGUUUAACCGUGAACCUGAUGAGGAUUAUCGCGAGUAUUGUACCAUGAAACGGGAAGACGGCAACGUUAAAUUAAAUGUAAACUUUGUCAAAUCUGGUAAUUACAUGUUGUCCUUAUAUGGGCGUCGUUCAGGAAGUGACGAUAAAUCCCUACCCAAUAUUUACAACUACCUAAUACAAUACACUCACCCGUCUGGAGAUACAAAUGGGACUGUUCCAUCUAAAUCAUCGUCUAUUUUCAAAAAAUCAAUAUUCUCCAAGAAGAUAAGUUCAGGAAGUUUUGAUAAAUAUUCGGAUAAGGGCUCAGAUAAGGGUUCCGAUAAAUCCUAAAUGAUAUGAUGGGAGUACAGAGAUCUGUGUUGAUAACUUGUAAAAGCAGACGCAUGUCCCUGGUUGGGUACAGGGCUUUACAGACUUCAAUUAAUUAAGAUAUUGGCCAGUUCGUUUUGUGAAUCAAAUACAAGAUGGCUCCUUCAAAAUGGAGGUCUGUUCAUUUUAUGCCAAUAUCAAAUACAUGUUUAAAAGUUAAUAUGUUCGUGUUAUGUUAAUUAUUGGGGAUAUAUUUUGUUUGUUAUGAUAUUAUGUAUUGUAGAUAAAAAGUUUUGUUUAUAGAAAGAAAUUGGUUGAAAGUACAUAAGGCAUACUUUCAAAAGAAGUUACAAACAUUCCAUGCAAAAAAAACCCACCCAAUUUAGUUCAGCUUGGUGCAUGUUCAUUAUGCCUGUCUGCAUACUUAUAUUUAUUAAAUUAAUUGCAAGUUAACUGUUGUCCUUUAAAUUCAGUUAUCUGAUUUGUAAUAAUGAUAAUAAUACUUUUUGAAUAGUAGGCCUACCUUUUUACCCAUGGAGCUAAGAGAAAAAAAUCUUUUGGCCCUUAGAUAUGCAGGGACCCUUUCAAAAAAGUUGAGUUGUAUUAAAAUCAGUACUUGAUUAUUUAGUAAAUUAUUCAAAUGGUUGAUCAGUCUUCUGUUUUCAGUAUAAUAAGUCAUUAAUUACAAAAGAUCGAUUAAAUUUUCAUGUGAAGAAGUAUACAUGUAUAAUAUUACUGUCAUAUCUCAUAAAUCUUUAUCAAGUGAUCUUGAGGAUAAAAAAAUAUCACAUGAUUAUUCAACCUACAAAUAAAUCUAAUAUGCAGUGGCGUGCAGAGGAUUGCCGAUACCUGAGGCCAACUCUGUGAUUGCAUGCCCCCAAGACUCAAGUAUAGGGCCUAAUGCUCAGAAAUAUGAGAAAAUAUGUAAAAACCAAUGAAAUAAACUAUAUAUUCAGAUUAAGUAGAUCAGCGUAUCUAACAAAGUUAACAUUUAAUUUGAAAAAAAAAUUAUUUCACACUUUGAUUGGAUUCCCCUUUGAAUAGAUGACUGGGCAGUCACCCCCUCUCUGUACACCACUGCCAACCUGUACUUCACUAUCUGGCUGGGAAUAUUUCACAAUGAUUUUUUAUGUAUAGUCUGGACCCAGACCACUGCCUAUAUUAAAAUUGUAGAUCUGGGUGGCUAUUUAUGGAAGCAGUCCCUGAAACAUCUUGCUGUAACUUAAUGACAAAAAGCUAAUUAUCUAAGAUUGUUAAGAUUUGUAGUAUAAUUCUUAAUAAGUGCAAUUUUCUCUUAGUUUUUUUUCAAAAUAAUGAAUUCAUAAAAAAGAAGAAACUAAUAAUUACUGUAAUAAGUACAGUUUAAAAAAAUAAUUUAAUUUUUUUCCCCUUUUGUUAUGCUUUUGUGUUUAUAAAAUUGGUGCAGAAAUUUAGAAGUAAUAUUUAGGCUGAGUAAAUUUUCUAAAUAAUUGAAUUCAAAGGUUAAAUUUGUAUUUUAUUGAAUAUUCUAUGUUUGAUUUUUUUUAUACUAGUCAAAUGAUUCAUGCAAUAACUAUGUAUGCAUACAGCAAUAUGAUAAAUAAUUGGUGAUUCUGAAUGAAUAAUAUUUAAUUUGUAUAUAUUAUAGAUAUGAAAUCAAAUAACAUUAUGUACUGUGUUUGCCGAUUAUGCUGAUUUAAUUAUUUAAAUAUUCAAUUCAUUAUAAUCAAUUUUUGGAACAUUUUUGGUUCAUUUUAGCAUUUUCAAAAGUUGUGCUUCUUAGAAAUUGUUAUAUAUUCCUGUCUGAAUAGUUGAAUUUAUUGAAUUGAUAUUACUAUAUAAAUUGCCUAUAGACUAAAUAUUGACCAGGUUCCAUUAGUUUUUGACAUCGAAUAAUAAAAUACCAAAAAGAAAGUUGGAAUAACCUUCAACAGCAAUUUGAAUAUAUGUGUUGAGAACUGAAAUGUUUCAUUUGAGUUUUGUUAAUAAUGUUGACUGUGAAACAUUCAAAUGAAAGUAGUAUAUUAUGUGAAUUAUUAGCAAUACUGAUAUAUUAAUACUUUUAUUAUAUAUUUAAUAAAUACUAAAACAUAUAAUUAAUAAUCCAAUAAUAUGUACAGUUUCACCUUAUUACUUAAUCAACUUUGUCUAGAUAUAUACAAUAUGAAUUUUCUAUCUGCUAUAUAUUGCUAUUGCCUGGAAAACAUAUUAUCAUGGUUAUAAAUUAUUUUAGAGCCUAGCCUUCUUUGAUAUGGAGAUUUGUUAUAAAUUGAAAUUUUCCACUGGUAUUAGAGAAUUUGAUGAUCUAGCCAUCUUUAAUUCAGAGAUUUUUUUUUUUUAUUAAAUGAAAUUCUUCAUUCAUAUUCGAGAAUUCCACUUUGUAAAUAGCAGAUGAUCUGAUUAUAAAAUAUACACCUCUCUCUCUCUCUCUCUCUCUCUCUCUCUCUCUCUCUCAUAUAUAUUUAUAUAAGUAAAAAUAACCAAUUUGAUGUGUUAAAUAUCUUAUCACCAGUAAUUUAUAUUUUUCUCAUUAUAUAAGUUUUGCUAUUUAAGAGAUUAAAAAUAUUAUAUCUCGUCA